GGGCUUGCCUCACUGGGGGCGGCGGCAAAGGGAAGGGGGGGCUCGCCCCCCGCCAAACUCCCUCGGAAGUGGGUGCAAAGUGCCGGGCAAGUUGGGAAGAUGGAGCUGCACAGCCUGCAAGAGGCGUUCAAAGUGGAAAUCCAAUAUCAUCAGAACGGUGAGCUUAAGAAACAACUCCACGAGAGGCAAUCGCGAAUAGCAGCUCUGAAUGACAAACAAAAGUUGGCGGUGCGAGUGGGGAGCGCAGGAGCCAGCAGCAGCACUAGUGGCGCCGGAGCAGCAGCAGGCGGAGGAGAAGGAAGAGGAGGAAGCGGUCCCAACUCCCUUGGUCCCCCGAGCCUGGCCCUUUCGCUGCUGCCGGCGAAGGGUCCCGUCGCCAUGGUGACCGCCCACCUGCACGGCAGCCGAGGCUGCAACGCCGAGCCCCCGCAAAGCGCGCCCCUCAACCUGCAGGCCAAGCUGGGCUGCAGCAGCACGCGCCGCGCGGCCCUCGAGACAAGCGCCCGGCCCCAGAAUUUGGGAACCGUUACUGCCGUGCCGAUUAAAGUUCCUCAGGUCAGCUCCUUGCAGAGGCUGGCAGGACAAAGACCAGCAGUGCUACCUCAGGUUAGGCCAAAGACCCUGAUUCCAGAGAGCCUCCCAAUUUCUCCAUGCAGAGACCAACUUUCCAAACAACCCCCGACGUUCCAAAAGGCAACUGUAGUCAGCAUCAAAAAUCCUACUCCUGCCCUCCCUACUGCCAAUAAUACCGUUAGCCAUGUACAGCCUCCCAGCAGUCAGUCGCAAAGUAUCGCUGAGCCGACAGCUCUUUCCUCACCCCUGAGCAGUGCUGGCGUAGCCUAUGCCAUCAUCUCCACAGCACCCAGCAAUGCAGCUCCGAUCAGCAACAGUGCAGCUGUCUCAGUGGUCAAUGACAACAUUAAAGUCCAGCCACUCCUCAUCAGUGCUGACAGCAAGGUUAUCAUCAUUCAGCCUAAAGUUCAAACCCAAACAGAAAGUAAGGUGGAUGUUAAGAGACCUUCUGAAGAGUCAGUUCAGGGACCCCCUGCUACCAAAAAGAAAAAGGAGGAGACUCCAGAGAAAAUUGCCUUUAUGGUAGCAUUAGGCUUGGUUACAACUGAAUACUUGGAAGAAAUUCAGAGCAAACGUCAGGAAAGAAAGAGACGAAGCACAGCCAAUCCAGCCUAUAGUGGUCUCUUAGAAACAGAGCGGAAACGUCUCGCAUCAAAUUAUUUGAACAAUCCCUUGUUCCUGACCACAAGAGCAAAUGAGGAUCCAUGUUGGAAGAAUGAUGUCAGCCAUGAGGAUUACUGUUCAGCAUGCAAGCAUGGUGCCAAUCUGCAACCCUGUGGGACUUGUACAAGAGCCUAUCACCUCAACUGCUUGGACCCACCUUUGAAGACUGCCCCCAAAGGAGUCUGGGUUUGUCCUAAGUGCCAAGAAAAGGUGUUAAAGAAAGAGGAAAACAUGCCUUGGACUGGAACUCUCGCUAUCGUUCAGUCCUAUGUUACUCACAAAACAGUCAAAGAAGAGCAGAAGAGGAAAUUAUUGAAGAGGAACAGUGAAUUGAGGGGAGAACACAGGCAGCUAGAAGAUAAAGAAUGCCACCUCAAUAAUGCAGUGAAGAAGUGCUUAGAGCUCAAAAGCAGCCUACUGGCCCAGCAGAAAGGGGUCCAGUCCUCACUGGAGCGCCUCAAAACUCUGGUUAGACUGAUACAGAGCGAGCAGAUGAUUCAGGUUACAAUGACAACCACCACCACCUCCUCCCUGCUCACUGUCCCCUGGAUCAAACCAUCUCCUGCCUCAGCCGCCUCUCUCCACAAAGCCUUGCAGCCCACACAGGGGAACAACUGACAGGCUGCCCAGGAGCCCCGUUUCUCAUUACGAACAAAUACAACACGGAGACAAAACGUGAACUUGGGAUACAUGCAGACACACACACACACGUAAUGCCGAUGGAGAAAUGGCAAGUUGUAUCACGAAAGAAAAUCGGGAGAAUCUAUGUCGGCCCGCUUUUAUUGCAUCAGGACACUGGGGAAACCCUUUGGUCCGUUACAACUCAGUGUCAUGGCAACUUUUCACCGAGCAGAUGUCCUACUGCUGUUUUCUAUUGCUGAAGUUUUCAGCGCUUAUAACAUUCUUUUCCUCUCUCCUUCCCUCCCUCCCUCUCCCUCUCUCUCUUUCUGUCUCCCUCCCUCUCUCUUGUUGUGUUGGCCUUAAUGUAUUUAAUGAAUGAGGAAAAUGAAGCAGCAUAUGUCAGCCAGUGGGGAAGGGGGAGGAUGGGACAGAGUGACCUUGGGGAGGGGGGGGGGGUUGAAAAUGCUUUCCUUUUGGAAGGGAAAAAUAGUUUUAAAUACAAAGAGUUAGUGAGCUAGUAUGCAAAGUAGAUGGUAGAGUUGGAGGAAAAAUGGAGAUGGGUAACAAAAAUGAUAAGUGAAUGGCUUGGAACUUAGUUUGAGUUCCUGAGUUUUUCAAGAACGGAACAAAGUAUGUUGUGUCGAUUCAGGUUGAAUUGGGGAAGGGGCUGAUGGAGAAGAAUUACAUUUGUGAAACACAGAGCCUUCAAAAUCAAAUCAUUUUUUCAGUAUUAUAGUUGAGAAUUACAGAUAUUUAAAUAAAAAUGUAUGAAAUUAGCAUUUCUAGUGAAAUAUUGAGGUAUUUUCAUGCUGAUGCUUCUGUAUAUGCAUUCUAAAGUAUUUAAAGAGGUAUGCCUGCAAAACCCCGUAAUUUUGCAGGUUCUUUCAACUUAUUUUGCUAUUGAUGUAUUUUUCUCAUGGAGUUUUUUGUGGAAGGUUUAACAUGAACCAUAAUAGUGACAAAUAUCUUCAGCAGGUUGGAUCUUUCUUGGUUUGGGAUGGGUUAAGUUUUUUUCUAAGAAAAAAGCAAAUAAUAUUUGUUGCUGCUUUUUUUCCUGUCAAGAUAGUACAAAUGAUAUGCCAAAAAAACUUUACAUGUUUGUACUGCAUUUUUAUUGUAAAAUAAGAAAUAUGUAACAUGUUUCUUUUUUUCUCCUUUUUUUUGCUUGCAGAGUUAUCUGCUGAGUAGUACAGGAAAUAAACUGCCUCAAGGGGUUAUUUCUUUUGUUUGAUAUAUCAGGAUUUUUGGGGGGAGAAAGAUGGACUGUCAAAUUCAGACUGAUGUUUUUAAACAUUUUUUUAAUACUUUAACAAAAUUUAACCAUACAUUUACAUUUAGCAGUAGCCUGAGAAAAUGCUUAGAAUAUGUGACUUUAUUUAAUUUUAUUUCUUUUUCACUAGCUAGUUUUCCUGAUGCAUCAAGGGUCAAUUUGACCACCUCAUAGGUCAAGCCUAUGCUGGAACCCUGAGGCCUACCUCAGAAGUUAGUGAUGGGCAAACAAGUUUCUCUUCAGAAUAGCUUUUCCCAUAUUCUCCUUUCUUUUGCAAUACGAGGAGAACGCCAGUAAGCAGGAGCGGUAUUUUAGAUUCCAAGAGAGAAGUUUAACUCAAGAUCUAGAAGUUUGCUCUUGGAUAUAGUUAAGAUUAUAUCCAAGAUAACAUAAUCCUAUAUGGGUCUACUCCAAACUAAAUUCCAUUGAAUCUUUGUGAAAAAGUAUUCCCAAAUAAGGAUUGCAAUUUAAUUUGAAAUGUAUUGUAAGACCAUUUGUUAAGGUUAGCCUUUAGCCGUUCCCUAUUAGAGCGAUUUGAUCAAUACAAACAUGUUUAUUGUUUUAAACAAAGGAAACAACCCCCCCUUAAAACACAAAACCACUUAAUUCUUUUUAGAUCACCUGUUGAACCAGUUAGUCAGCCAGAAAUGUAAGUGCUCCUGAGAAAGAAUAACAUGUGGUCAAAAAUCCAAGGAAGGACAAAGAGUAAGAUGUUUUCCUACUCCCCUUAAAUAACACCCUGAUAUUUAAGUAGGUCAAAAGUAAGACUCCAUUUCCACAUGCCACAGGUGAAACAUUCACACUAGUCUAUCACAUGGUGCCGAAAAGUCGAGGGAUGUGGCUUUUGACUGAUUGAUUGGGGUUGCCCAUCACUAGGCAGCACACAAUCCCUUCAACCAUUUUCACAACUCCGGGAGAAACUGUGCAGUACUAUACAAAUCUAUUUUAUUACACUUAACACUCUGUUGAACAAGAUUUUUAUAUUCUUUUAUUGAUGAACAAAAGUGAACUAAGUAAAACAUGGUUGUGAUACAUUGGUUAUUGUAUGCCAAUUUAUGCAUUCAAAUGUGGCUUGCAAUGUAAAUGUUUUCAGGUUUAAUGGUUCUUUCCCCCCUUCUCAAAUGAAUUUUAAAAAGAAAAGGGAAAAGCACAGAAAGUUGACUUAAUGUGAAGACUUUCUGAAGAAGUGUUUUUCUGGGACUGAAAAAAAGUAGUUAUUUUGGGAAAGGGACUGUCCCGUGGAUAGUGUGCAUAGAAAACAAAGUGUGUGUCUUAAAUAUACCAAUGUAGUUUACUUCUUAAUGAUGAAUUAAACUUGACUGACAGAUUUAA